GCAGUGGCCGGAAGGGGCGGGGCGUGUAAGAGGCCACGCCCUCCCGCGACGUCAUCGGGGCGGAAGCAGCCGCGGGUGCCCCCCCGCCAUGGUGGAGCCGGGCUGGCUGCUGUCCCCCCCCGGCCGCCCCUACCUGGCCUCCAUCCUCCACAAGAACCAACGCAGAGUUUUUGGCAUGCAGGGAGGAGGCGGAUGCCGUCCUUUUGCUCUUCUCCUUCACCGACCGCACGUCCUUCGAGGAGCUGCCGGCGCGGCUGGCGCGUGUGCUGCAGCCCGGCGAGGACACGCUGCGCGUGGUGGUGGGCACCAGAUUCGACCUGUGUCCCCACGCUGCCGUGACGGAGGCGGACGUGGCUGCCUUCGAGGACACCUGGGGGCUGCGGGUGCUGCGGGCGGGGGGCUGUGGGGUGGGCCGGGGGGGGCUGGUGCGGGUGGCCCCACUGCUGGACUCCCUGGUGGGGCAGCUUUGGCAGCGCGACCAGAUGGCAGCUGGUGUAACCCCAGAGGGACAGGGGGCCCCCCAGGACUGAACCCCGUUUUGGUGGGGGGUUCCAUGCUGUGGGGGCGUGGGAGCCCCUCACCGUGGCGUCUGGGCUCCCCCUGCCAUUAAACAGUGUUGGUUUUCCAAA